CAACUGUCAAUUCGAGCGCAGUUUGCAGAUAUGAGCUUUGAAACUUAGUAGUUAAAUAUUUUACAAAAUUUUGAUUUUUGCAAACUGUUUUGAUUAUAAUUUCUUGCUUAAACGGUUAACAACGCAUAAAGGAUCAUCAUACGAUACUUCAAAAGGAAUAAUCUACCGUUAAAAUCCUAAAACAGAUCAGCAAUUUUUUUUCUUGGCGAGGCUGUUUAUAACUCGCCACCGUUGACAGUUCACAGAUAUUUUUCUUUCAUCUCGAACUCUACAAACCACUUAUAAGUGGAACGUGAUAAUUCCACCUCUAUCAGGGUUUUCAUGGUAGAUUUUAGGGGUUGUGACUGGGCUGAAAUAAAGCCCGUGGACACCAGGAACAACACCAUAUUUUAAAAUAAUAGAACAUAAUAUUUUUAUUCACCAAAUUAGGGCCCCUGGAGGGCAUGCAACACACAAACAAUAUCAUGUCACAUUGAAAAUCAAGUGCCUUUAAAUUAAAUGCCACAUCAGGGAGACACAGAUAAUAAAGAAAAGUACCCAAUGAAAGACCAGUUAACCUUACAGAACCCUUUUGCCGUUUAAACCGGAACUACUUAAAUUUUGACAUAAAUCAAAAUUUAUAUUAGAUAAAAUGCCUCCUAUAGACCCACUACAAUUAUUAAGAGCAUUAGCAACUCUUCUGACCUCAGAAGGUGGAAUUAAAGGUCCUGCUGAAUCCACACGAAUUUGUGGGUUGAUGAAAGAGGCAUCAAAGUUGGUCAGUAGGUGUAUUUAUAUUAACAUUUUGAAAGCCACAGAAUCCCAGGAAGCUUUGGAGAAAUUCAUUGAAGAUGGGGGAUGGGAUAUAUUGAAUCUUUGGCUGUCAGAUUUUAAAGAAAUUGACAAUCCACAAUUGUUAACAGAAAUAUUGAAAGUUUAUAAAGACCUUCCUGUUACUGUAGAUUUACUGAAAAAAAAUAGUGCUGCAAAAACAAUCAAACAACUUGGAAAGUCUGAACAUGAAGGUAUUAAAGUUUUGUCAACAGAAAUAGUGGAUAAAUGGAUGAAAAAAGUGAGAGAAAGAAAAUUAGCAGAAGGUACAGAUAGUGAUAAAUCAAAGAAAAAGAAAAGUAGUAAAGAUUCAAAGGAAGAAAAGAAGGACAAAGAGAAAAGUAAAUCGGACAGUAAAAGUAGAACUGAUGAUUCUAAAAAUAAAUCUGAUGCUUCUAAAAGUAAAUCUGAAAAAUCAGAUAAAGUGAAAAUUGAAAAUGAAGACUCAGAUGUAGUGAAAGGAAGAGUAAUAGAAACUCCAGGAAAUGGACUAAAAAUUCACAUCAAGUUAGAACGAAGUGAUAACGAAAAAAAAGACUCCAAUGAUAAUAAAAAGAGGGCAUCAACAGUGAAACGUCUUCCUGGUCGUUUUAGAUCAACUGGCCUUGAAGAGGAACUUGUCUUACCAAAGAAAAAAAUAAACAAUUCUGAACCUAGUUCAAAACGACCAGGUUCUGACCAAAAACCAAAAGAUGAAGAACCACCUGAGAAAAAGUCACGACUUCAAAUUUCUACAUCGCUAGCUGCAACUGCUCCCACCAGUACAUCUAUAUCUUCACCAACCAAUACAUCACCAACCGAUUUACAAAACAAUUUAAAGACCAUUCCACCUGGAAAAGGCAAAGGUCAUGAAAUCCAUGAAAGUAGUAUAUUCAUGGACAUGAUAACCAGAGGCUCUACAGAAAGACAACCAGGACCUAUGAGAAGGAAGAAAAAACUGCCUUCUGUCAAUGGAAACUCUACCACCACACCUGUCAAGUCUACACCUACACCAACAACACCACCAUCUCCAGCAACUGUUACAGCUAGAUCUCUGCCUUCAGUUCCUUCAUUUUACAAAGAUACUUUAGAAGAAAAUAAUGAUGAAACAGAGAAAUCAUUGGAAAAAGAGAAAAGUCCUUCCCCCACAGAAGAAUUAGAGAAAAAAGAAAUAUCUCAAGAUGUAGAAAUGAAAGAACCUUCUGAAGAUGGAGGAGAAUCAAACAAUAGUGAAGAGAAAACUGAAGACAAUAUAUCCGAAGAUCCCAACGAACCAAAAGGUCUUCUUACAAAUGGGUCAGCAAAUAAAAAGAAUAAAAAACGAAAGAAUGUCACUUGGAUUGAGGAAGCCAAACUAAGGACUUAUCAUUAUUUUGCGCUAGAUGAAACAGAAAGAGUGAAUGUGAACCGAGUGGACUUUGAUCAAAUGAAGAAGCAGGAAAUGAUGAUGGACAGAAAGGCAAUGGAGUCGGCCAAGAGAUUGACCCAUGAUAAAAUGGCUGAACAAAUACCUUGGAGACGACCACCUGUUAUAGAAGGGUUACCUGCUGGUAUUGAGAAUGGGGCAAACAGUGUGGAGAAAGACAUUCAACGUGAGAGGGAACUGGUUGUACUACAGGCUCUUUUCUUUAAUAAGGAUAUGUUACCAGAUAGUCCAGCAGAACCUGAUCUUGAACCAUUUGAACCAUCAGAUCCUAAGUUCAUACCUUUAGAAGAUGAAUCAUCAGGAGAGGACAACAAUGUAUACAAUCAUGAGCAAUACCAUUCACAUGACAUGACCAAAUCACUGCCACCACCAAGCCAACAACAAACAACCAAUCCAGCCACUUUACCUCCAGAGUUAAUCAAUAUGAUAACAUCACUUCAGCAAGGACACCAGCCUGACUUGAUGGCAAAUGUCCAGAAUGUUUUAGCUUCUGUAAUGGGAAGCAUGGGCAACCAGUCACAGGAAAUGUAUGAUAAAGUACGGGAAUUACUACUGCCAUUACAAAAUCAAGGUCUUAUACCAGAUAUGAUGAAUAUGCAAAUGGGACCAGGAAUGGGUCCUCGUCCAAGACUGGGUCUACUAGGCCAGGCACCACCCGGUUUUAUUCCUGGACCAGGAAUGCAGGGUGCACCACCUCCAGGAAUGCAAGGUCCACCUCCAAAUAUGCAAGGACCUCCAAGAUUUCCACCACCAGGACCUGUUGUCCAAGGUGAAGAAUGGAAUGAGAAUAUGAUGGGUGGUCCUAUGGCAGGUCGAGGAAGAGGAGGUAUGCCAAUGAGGGGAGGUGGAGGCAGAAUGCCUAUGCCAGGACCACCCAAUCAAGGACCACCAAUGGGACCAAUGCAAGGAGGCCCUAUGCAGGGACCUCCACCUCAAAUGAGAGGAGGUGGGAAUCAAAGAGGUGGUAGAAUGAGAGGACCAACAAACAGAGAUAUAUGCAGACAUUUUGCAGCAGGAGGUUGUCGUCGUGGAAAUACAUGUUCUUUCUUACAUCCAGGAGUUAAUGGGCCACCAGUUUAGCACUUAUUGAAUGCAGUCUGGCUCAAAAUUAGUAUUAAAUCAAACCUGUUAUUCUACAGGAUACAAUAAAACCUGAGAUGUGAUGUAGGGUAAUCUUCCAGUGGAACAUUGUGAGACUGGGUCCCUAGGUCUAAUCAAAGAGACGAGCAUGGAUCUCCAUAACUGGAGUAAAAAUAUGUUGUACUGUGUACAGAUGUUAUCUACUACGAGACAAUCUACAAUAAAAAACAAUUAUUCCACCUUCAUAUGAAGUCAAUCUAAUUGCUUAAAGUUGAUUAUGAGGGAGAAAAUUUAGUGCUUCCAUUAAUGAUUGUGUUCAUGUACAAGUUGUGAGUUUUACUAAUACUGACGUGUUCAGAUAUUCAGAUCUAGUCAGCCAUAAGGAGUGUAAAAAAUAGACCUAAAAACCUGACAUAGUUCAUUGAAUGUGGAGUGUUGAUAAUUGUUAUGCUAGAAAGUGAAUGAUGACUGUUUUUGAAUAAUGUUGCAGAUAUUUGAAUGAUGUAUGUAAAACUAUAAUUCUUCCAUUUUAACCUACAGUAAAGUACAGAUGUUUAAUGGAUACAUGCUUGCAAUGUUAUUUUUUUUGUGUAAUAUCAAAACUGCCAUGCAUAUUCAAAGUAUAAAGAUUACUAUAUAGAACUUGAUAAGAAUUCUUCAAUUAACUUGAAGUCAUUGUUGUUAUUAGGUUGUGAAGAUAUUUUUUUUUUCAUCUUUACAUUUGUCAUAUCCUUGUCUUGCUCUAGAUAAAAAGUCUGAAAAAGGGUGUAACAAGAUUUGAUUUCAUUCUUUGCAAAAUUUCACAAUACCUUUAAUGACAGAAAAAUUAUAAUUUUAUUUAAUGGAGGAAACUGCAGAAAAUAUGAUUAACUGAUGUAAACUGAAUUGUAUUUCAUAGUUGGCUAAUAUCAAUAAUAUUAAAUUACUUUUGAAGAAAAACACAUUUGAAAUAAAUGAAGUACUGAUAAAUGUAUGGAAAGUUCAUAUUUUUGGCAUUUUACUCUAAAAAAUUAUACUUACCCAGAAGAUACUUUUCAACCAGUAACAAGUACAAUCCAAUUGCCAGCAGAGAGCAUACAUUUGCUUUUAAUUAACAAAUGUACAUUUGGUGCACAAGUAUAAGCUAUACGUAUGGUUGCCAAGGAAGGCUCCAAAAGAUACUUCAGAUCUGCAAUUUUGGCAAAGAGCCAUAUUUUGUAUUUUUGUUAUGUAUUCAUACCUGUUAUUUUAAGAAAGAAAUUGUGUAUAAAUAAUAAACAUUUAUAUAUUUUAUUGUACAUGAAACUGAUAUUGACAGUGCUAUUUAUACAUUUCAGCAUGUUUUAUGAUUACUUGUAGUUUUCACCUCUUUUCUGCCUCUCUGUAUUUCAACUAACAGGUAUAUUUUAUAAAAAUGUAUGCUUGAACUAUUCUAGCUGGAAAAGCCUACAAUUUUCCAACAUUUGUAAAGUGACAGAAAUCCAUGUAAAUUUAAAAGUAUAGUAUGCUGAGUAAAUGUUUUUUUUUUCUUCAAUUUAUGAGUGUUUUCAGAAAGAUAUGACAUCAUUUUUUGCUCAAAUGGAUGUGUUAUUAUCCCAAUUUGGGUCAAUUAGAAUAUUUGCAUGGCUUACAGUCCCUGUUGUUGAUUAGAGUGUGAAUGUCUACUAACUUGUAACACAUCGAUUAGUGCUAAAUUCUUUUGUAUGUUUGGAGGACAUUGAAAUCUAAAUCACAGUAAAAAUGCAUGAGUAAAUUACGUAGUUGUGACAAAGUUACUUUAAGUGCCAAUUUUUCUGCUUUCAUAAGUGAACAGAAUUUCAGAAAUUAUUUGACAAACCCAUGUGUAAUUGACGUUGUGUCUGAUUUGUGUAUGUGUUUUAGAGAUUAUGAACGUGUCUGAGUAGUAUAUCUGACUUUCUAUGUGAAUAUUAUAAAUCCCUAUAUUUUAGUAUUCAAAUGUGUCUGCCUGUUUGAGUGAUAUUACCCACUGACUGUACAAAUGAAUGGCUUUAAGCAUGUACUUACAUUGAUCAGACUUGUGAUAAUUCCAUGUAAUGGAAUCUUGUAGUUUAUACAUAGUAUUGUUAUAUACAUUCUCUUACUUAUUUUAGAGAAUGAUCUACAUGUAUACACAGUAACUUUUUUAAGAAAAUUAAAAAAUAUAAUUAUUUA